AGCGGGCACCAGGCUUCCGCCUGCGCUCCGCCUCGGCUCAGUCCCUACCCGGUCGCGGGCGCGAUGGCUGGGGUUACGCUGAGGUUCGCGGGGCGGCAGCUCAGCCAGCGCAGCGGCUCUGGAGCCCCCAUCCUCCUACGGCAGUUGUUUGAGCCCAAAAGCUGCACCUACACGUACCUCCUGGGUGACAGAGAGUCCCGUGAGGCCAUUCUGAUCGACCCGGUUCUGGAGACAGCGCAUCGGGAUGCCCAGCUGGUCAAGGAACUGGGGCUGCGGCUACUGUAUGCUGUGAAUACCCACUGCCACGCGGACCACAUUACGGGCUCAGGGCUGCUCCGGUCCCUACUCCCCGGCUGCCAGUCUGUCAUCUCCCGCCUUAGUGGGGCCCAGGCUGACUUGCACAUUGAGGAUGGAGACUCCAUCCGCUUCGGGCGCUUCGCCUUGGAGACCCGGGCCAGCCCCGGCCACACCCCGGGCUGUGUCACCUUCGUCCUGAAUGACCACAGCAUGGCCUUCACUGGAGACGCCCUGCUCAUCCGAGGGUGUGGGCGCACCGACUUCCAGCAAGGCUGUGCUAAGACUUUGUAUCACUCAGUCCAUGAAAAGAUCUUCACACUUCCAGGAGACUGUCUGGUCUACCCUGCUCAUGAUUACCAUGGGCUCACAGUGUCCACUGUGGAGGAGGAGCGGACUUUGAACCCUCGGCUCACUCUCAGCUGUGAGGAAUUUGUCAAGGUCAUGGACAACCUGAACUUACCCAAGCCUCAGCAGAUAGACAUCGCUGUCCCAGCUAAUAUGCGCUGUGGGGUCCAGACGCCCCCUUCCUGACCUGGUUCAUAUCUGUUAAGAAAGCACUAGGUGGGGUACAGAGAGAGGGGCCGUCACCGAAGCCUCUCUUCUUCCCCUCCCUCACCAGCCCUUGGGCAUCUUAAAUAAA